UUGGCAUUGGAUAGCAGCCAUUACUGUUCGUUCACUUAUCUGCCGACAGCAGGGAGUGCAAAACAGCGACUCAAAAUAUGAAAUUUUGUUAAAGUGCCAUUGAAAAUUCAGUCUUGCAGUGGUUUGAUCGUCCCGUCGUAUCUUUAAGAUUGACGAAGAAAUGGCACUUCUAAGGAGCUUAGUGCGCAAAGGUCUGUCAUCGAGCACUGGCCAAAAUAUCACCUUCCAAGCUUUGAGGUCAGCCGGGGGAUGGAACAAAGAUUUUGCGCCAGGACCGUUCCCCAAGACGGAGGAAGAACGGCGAGCAGCUGCUAAGAGAUACAACAUGCACCCUGACGAAUAUCAGCCCUACCCUGACGAGAGCUACGGUAUGGGAGACUACCCCAAGCUGCCUGACAUCUCGGGAGAGUCCAGGGACCCUUACUACAACUGGGAUUUCCCUGAACACAAAAGAAACUUUGGAGAUCCGGUCCACGCUCACGCUGAUGCUAUUGGAGAGGACCGGUGGAACAUCUCCGCGAAACCAAAAAUCCCAUACAAGACCCAGAUACUAGCUUCCAUCGGAUUCAUCGGCUCCCUCAUCGGAAUCUACUUCUUGACCUACGAUUUCACGUACUACCAACCAGUAAUGCCGAAGCAGUUGCCUGCCAAUGGUGUUCACUACACUUUUGAACCUGCGGAAUGAGUGAAUGGCUGGUCAAGCUAUAGAUUGUUAUAUAGUUAAAGUAAAAUGAAAAUUACA